CAAGCAGCACGGUAUAUCCCAUCAUAUCAACAUUUGGAAAUAAUAAAAUUUGCUCCAUCGAAAGUAAAAUUCAAUGAUCUCCAUAGUUACUUGCUUUUACCUUGUAUGCCAUCAGAAACAGAAAACAUAAUAAUUACAUGGUAUCGCAAUAAUGAAUUGGUAAAUUACUUUCGGCGAAAUGAAUUCCAAAUAUAUCAGAAUGGCUCUUUAAGACUUCCACCAAAUGAAAAAUCUAAUGGAAUAUAUCGUUGUUUAGUUAAUGGCACUAAAUUAGAUUUGGGAGCAAUAUUCUCAAAUUUAACGACAGUUGAAUAUCCAGUAUUAAAACGAAGAAAUGAUGCACCAACAAAUUUUACAGUCGCUAUUGGAGAAACUUUUAAAUUUGAUUGUCCGAUUAUAAGUAUUCCUAGUGCAAGCAUAUCAUGGUUUUUUAGUAAUACAUCUACAUCAUCUUUUCUUCCUAUAAAUGAUGAGAACAGCUAUAUUAUAUUAAAAAAUGGAAGCUUAAUAAUAAAGUCAGUUGAAGAAUCGAAUAAAGGUCGAUAUAAAUGUACUGCUCGGAAUAAAUAUGCAUUAAAAACCCAUCGCCAAAGUAUUCUUAAUUUAACAAUAAUAACAACAAAAUUCUCAAGUAAAUCAACGACGACGACGACGAAAACGACGACAACAAAUUUAGAAAAAAAUUCCAAUAAAAAUUCUGAAAAAUUAAUAAGAAUUUUACAAGAAAACACUUAUUAUGUUCGAUCUGGUGAUAACUUAAUAUUAUACUGUGAUACAUAUAAACAAGACAUUAAAAUUGCGUGGACAUUUUUACCAACAUGGAGUAAUAAAACUUAUGAAAUAGCAAAUCAUACAAAAACAAUAGAAAUUGUAAAUGCAUCUGUUGAUAAUUAUGAAGGAAUUUAUAAUUGUUCAACAAGAUCAGAUUUCCAAAUAUUUAAUGUUAUAGUUACAAUUCCUCCAGUGAUUGAUAACCCUUUAGUUUCGUAUGAAAAACAAAUAGCUAAUAAAGUAUCUUUAAACUGUACGGCAACCGGAAAGCCAGAACCUGAAAUAAUUUGGUAUCGUAAUGGUAUCAAAUUAGAAAAUAAUUAUACUAUUCAUAUAAAUUCAUCCAAUCUGAAAAUAAAUUCUUUCGAUGAUAAAGAUGUCGGAGUUUAUCAAUGUUUUGCGCGUAAUAUAGCUGGAGAAACAAGUUCAACAUCAUAUUUAGAAUUAAAACAAAAAGAUAUUGAAAUGUUACCAGAUCGUCCUCGUAAUGUUAAAUGUUAUCCAAUUAAUUAUCGUUUAAUGAAUGUAACAUUCGAAAGUAAUCAUCAUAUUGAAACUAUUAAUAUUAAUAUGGCUAGAAAAAAUCCACCAGAAUGGUUUGCUCAAUUUCCUCUCGAUACAACACAAAAACAAUUUUUACUUAUUCAAGAUAGAAUUAUAUUUGAACCCUUUAUGCUAUAUUUAAGGACAAUUGUAUUAACAGGUUAUAAAAAAUUUAAUAGUGGAAAAGAAGAAAAACAUGUUGAACCAUCAUUAAUGUCUGAGGGUGUAUCGUGUGCAACACAAGGGUUGGAAAUUCAUCCAGUAUUUUUUCCUAAUGGAAUAUACAUUUGGUGGUACUAUGAAAAUUCGAAAAAUAAACAAAAUAUUAUAAUUGAAUAUUUUGUAAUACAAUUUCUCAAUGAUGGAAAGAAUUCAAAAGAGGAAUCAACAAAAUUUGGUAAAGAAAUCAUUGGAACAACACGACCAUUAAAAUCAAUUGAGCGAAAAAAUAUUGAACAGAUGUUAGAAAAAAUUCCUGUUUUAACAAAAUUACCAAAUUCUGAGAAUUUUUAUCUGAACGAAGCUGAUGACACCGAAAUAACAAAUUUAAUUGUAGCAGGGAAUAUAACUGGAAUACUUAUUCCUAAUACAACAAAAUUAAUUGUCCGCAUUAUUGCAAUUACGGAGGCUAAUAAAAAUUUUAAACAAGAUUUUCGAUAUAUGGAAUGGAAAAAUAUUAAACGACAAGAAAAACAAUUUGCUGUACCAAUGAUACAAGCAAUCAAUUCACGAAGUAUUAAUUUUCAAUGGGAUGAACAGUUAAUAGCGAAUAUUUCAUGCGUUCGUGUGUGUUAUCAAAGUACUAACCUUAAUGAGAGGUGGAUAAAUGGUAAAGGAGCCUGUCAAAACAUACAAACCAAAAAUCCUAUAUUCACAAUUGAAAAAUUGAAACCUAAAUGGUCACUAGAGUUUACAUUCAGUGAUUGUGAAACGAGACAUACAUAUGGCAGUAUUAGUGAAAUUGUUACCUUAGCAGAUCCUCCUGGUCCAAUAUCAAAUUUUAGAAUAUUUAAAAAUGAUGGUUAUAAAUUAACAUGGGAUCAACCAACAAACCCCAACGGUAAAAUUGUAGCUUAUCUUAUAGAAUGGACUGUGAAUAACUCCACAACGUAUCAAGCUAAUGUAACAGCUAACGAAAAAUAUUUUCAAUUACCCAACAUAACAGAAAAUAUUAAUAUAUCCGUGCGAGCAUACAGUGAAAAUUCGCUUGGCUUACCAAUUUAUGUGGAUUUAAGCAAAAACAUUGAAAGUAUUGAAACUGAAAAAAAUGAUUAUUUUGAUCCUGUUAUUGGAAUAGCAAUCGGGCUAUUUUUAUCAAUAAUAUGCGUAAUAUUCUUUAUUUUUUUAUAUAUUAAUCAAAAGAAAAAUUUUAAAACACGCUUGGCUUCGCCGUCGUCAACAACUAUCGCACCGUUUCCACCUAUUUCAACUGGAAAUAUAUCUAUAACAGGAAUAAAUGGUUCUGAAAUUGGAACUCGACACAAUCGUAUUUCACCUACUAAAUCCUUAAAUAUUAAUCCAACUUUAAUUAAUCGAAAUUUAAAUGCUGGAAUUGAAGCAAACAAAUUAUCUAGUGAACAGGAUUGUAACGAAUAUCAUGAAAUGCAAACUUUAAUACCCCACCAAUCAAAUUUAAAUGUUAUUAGCUCGAAUGAUAGAACCACUAUACUAACACCAUUAAGUGAUAUUUUUCCAGUUCCACAUAAUGGCGAUGCAAUUGCAUAUUAUUAUCGAAAUGGUAAUAGAAAUGAUGAUGAACUUGAAAACGAUGCCUGUCCUGUAGCGUUAUGCAGUUCAACACCCUUACCACAACGUAGUAAAUCAUCGAAUUUCAAUACGAAUAAAUUUUUAGAACGAAAUAAAACUCCUUCAAUAAUUCCAAUAUCUUUCAAAAAUAAAAAUAAACAGAAAAUUAAACUUAAAAAUCACAAAAUUAAUAAAACAAGUUCCUCACCAGAUUUCAAUACAAGUGAAACGUACUUCGAACGGAAAUCAUUAGACAAAAAUUAUGUAGAUAUGGACAUCAAUGUCACACAACCCAUAAAUAAACCAAUAGCAAUAUCAAAACAAAAUGGUUCCAUUAAAAAUACCUUACCUUCAUCAAUACCUAAAAAUAAACAUUCCAAAACAUCAUCUGAUGUAGCGUUAUGUAAUUAUAAGGAUUCGAAACAUCCUUGUAAUAAAAAUUCAGAUGUAGAGAAAAUACAUUCUAUAGUAGAUUCCAAUUACAAUACAACUCCUAUGGAGAACAAUAGCCAAUAUAAUAAAUUAAUAGAAGAUAAUAAUAGUUCUUGUGAUAAAAAUUUUAGCCAAAAUUCUACAAAUAACGAUAGUAGUAAUAUAAGUAAUUGUACAGCAACAACAAUAUUAAAUUCAGAAGAUAUUAGUAACGAUGGUGGAGGUGGUGAUAACAAUGGUGUUAAAGAAACAAAAAAAGAUAUUUUAGGAAUCGUUAAUAGUGAUACUUGUAGUAGUAAAGUUUCUAUUUACUUAAAAGAAGAUGGAAACGGUAUAAGUAAAGCUGGAUUUAACAAAACAAAUUUAAGUGUAAAAGAAAUAGAAAAUAAUUUAAUAAGAGUUAAUCGGAAUUACAGACGGCCUAUUAUUGACCCAAACGGUUAGCUAACAAUUUUUCAUUUUGGAAAAAAUUGGAAAUUUUUAUAAAAGGUUGUUAUUAAACAAAAAAAAGAAAAUUAUUUUGAUUUGAUUUUUUUUUUUUUUUGAUUUUUUAAUCAAUUAAAGAAAGAUUCAUUUUGUUUUUAAGAAAAGCAUUAGAAUUUAUAAUUUUUUAAAAACUAAAUUUAACUAUAUAUAAGUAUAUAGGAAUAUAUAAUAAUAUAUAAACUCUUUUUUAAUAAAUUUAAGAAAAAAAAAUGAGGCUCUCUCGAAAAAAAAGUCGUUUAUGUAAAAAUGACUUUAUUUUAAAAUUAUGUUAAUAACGAAUAUAACGUUUAACACGCACGAACUAUUCUUUUGUAAAAUACUACAAACUCUUGAAUAUUUAAAAUCGAAAAUUUUUUUGUGCUUAAAUGUAAUGCUAUUAAUUUCUUUUUUUUUUUUACAAAUCUUAAAUACAAAUACUAUAAGGAUUGAAGUUAUUUCAAAAAAAAAAAUUUAAUUAUGUUUAUUAUUUAAGCCAAGGUGAAAAUUUUUCAACAAUGUAGCUAUUCAAACUAUAAUUUAAAAUGUGUAAAAAGUUAUUAAACAAAACCAUUCCAAAUAUUAAAAAUUAAAAAAAUUAAACAAUGUAAGGGAUGAACUUUAAAAAAUACUUAAAUUUUCUAUUAUCUAAUUUUCAGUCUAAAUUCUUACUGAAUAAUAAUUACAUUUACUUGUUACAAAAUAUUUAAUAUCAUGUUAUUAAAAUAUAUUAUUAUAAAAAAUAAGUUCAAAUUUAUGCAUUGUAUUGUUUUCACCUUAUUUUUUUUG